GUCCCCCUCCCCCCUCGCGCGCUCUCAAGCUCUCGCCACAACCUGCGAGCCCCAGACCUCGGAGGAGCGCCCCAGGGAACUCAGAGCGUGUGCAAGCGUGGCAGACGGAGGAGGCCAGUGCCCAGGUUUAGGCCGUCACUCCUCGGAGUCUCUGAAUUGCAUUUUGCAGUAGCUCAAAGGAGAAAAAAGUGGAAAAUGGGAGGCUUGAAAUAUAUAGUCUCCUUGGUUUUGUUCUUUAUUUUCCUAGAAGGAAGCAAAACAGAGCAAGUAAAACAUUCAGAAACAUAUUGUGUGUUUCAAGACAAGAAGUAUAGAGUGGGUGAGAAAUGGCAUCCCUACCUGGAACCGUAUGGACUGGUUUACUGUGUGAACUGCAUCUGCACAGAGAACGGGAAUGUGCUUUGCAGCCGAGUCAGAUGUCCAAGUCUCCACUGCCUCUCACCCGUGCAUAUCCCUCAUCUAUGUUGCCCCCGUUGCCCAGAUGCCUUACCACCUGUGAACAAUAAGGUGACUAGCAAGUCGUGUGAGUAUAAUGGAACCACUUACCAACAUGGAGAACUGUUCAUGGCUGAAGGGCUUUUUCAGAACCGGCAACCCAACCAGUGCACCCAGUGUAGCUGCUCGGAGGGGAAUGUGUACUGUGGUCUCAAGACUUGCCCUAAACUGACCUGUGCAUUCCCAGUCUCUGUUCCAGAUUCUUGCUGCAGGGUAUGCAGAGGAGAUGGAGAAUUGUCGUGGGAACAUUCUGAUGGUGAUAUCUUCCGGCAACCUGCCAACAGAGAAGCAAGACACUCUUAUCUCCGUUCUCCCUAUGAUCCUCCACCAAGCAGACAAGCUGGAGGUUCUCCUCGCUUUCCUGGGGGGAGAAGUCACCGGGGAGCUCUUAUGGAUUCCCAGCAAGCAUCAGGGACCAUCGUGCAGAUUGUCAUCAAUAACAAGCACAAACAUGGACAAGUGUGUGUUUCCAACGGAAAGACCUAUUCUCAUGGAGAGUCCUGGCACCCAAAUCUACGGGCCUUUGGCAUCGUGGAAUGUGUGCUCUGCACUUGUAAUGUCACCAAGCAAGAAUGUAAGAAAAUCCACUGCCCCAGCCGAUACCCCUGCAAGUAUCCUCAAAAAAUAGAUGGAAAGUGCUGCAAGGUGUGUCCAGAAGAACCUCCAAGCCAAAACUUUGACAGCAAAGGUUACUUUUGUGGAGAAGAAACCAUGCCUGUUUAUGAGUCGGUGUUCAUGGAGGAUGGAGAGACUACCAGAAAAAUAGCACUGGAGACUGAGAGACCACCUCAAGUAGAGGUCCACGUUUGGACCAUUCGAAAGGGCAUUCUCCAGCACUUCCAUAUUGAGAAGAUAUCCAAGAGGAUGUUUGGGGAGCUCCAUCAUUUCAAGCUGGUGACUCGGACCACCUUAAACCAAUGGAAGAUCUUCACUGAGGGAGAAGCUCGGCUCAGCCAGAUGUGUUCAAGUCGGGUGUGCAGAACAGAACUGGAAGAUUUGGUCCAGGUUUUGUACCUGGAGAGACCUGAAAAGGGCCACUGUUAGACAAAACAGCCAGGAUUGGAUAGUAUCAAUCAAGGAAACCCAAGCUGCAGCUGGACUGCCGGCUUCCUUUGCUUAAGUCAACAGCACUCUAAAACCCCAAAG